AUGGUGGGUAGCACUUCUACUGGUUUUUCCGAGUUGGUAAUGGCUGAAGAGAGAAUUGAAGCUGGUCUCAAAAUGGGUAAAAUUUUGUUGGCCAAUACUGGUAGUUCUUCCAGUGGUAUUGGUAAGAAUCCGUUUAGUCGAUACCCUAAGAAGAUGGAGGGUGAAUCAAGCGUUGUUUAUGCUCAGAGGGGUAGAGGAAGACCACAACAUCAACAACAACAUCAACAACAAUAUCAACAUCAACAUCAGCAGCAACAAGUGAAUGUUAUGGACAUUUUGGUCGCCGCCACUUAUCAGCCGCAAGAACCACAGUAUCAACAACAACAGCAGCAGAACACUCCUCGUCGCAAUUAUAAUCAUCCCAUACAGCCCAAAAUUGAGAAAGUAUUUAAUCCACUCCCGAUGUCUUAUUCCCGAGUACUUCAACAUUUAUUACAAUUGAAGUUGGUUAAUUUGAGGGGCAUGCCACCUCCUCCUGAGAGGCUUCAUGCAGGUUAUAAUCCUAAUGCCCGAUGCGAGUUUCAUUCUGGUGGUAUAGGCCAUGAUUUGGAGAAUUGUUGGGCUCUUAAGUACAAAAUGCAAGAGUUGUUGGAUUCUAAGGCCAUUCAGUUCACUCCGGACAAUGGACCUAACGUUAUCCAAAACCCGAAGCUAGAUCAUGUCGGACCUACUGUUAUUGUUAUGGAUGAUGGUGAGAACUUGAAUUUGAUAAUGGAUGUGAACUUGUUGUCUACUCCAUUUUUGUGUGUUAAAAGUUAUCUGAUCAAUAAUGGUGUUUUUCCUAUAUGCUUUCUAGAAUGUUGUUUCCUACAGUGUGAUAGAAUUGUUAAAGAUGAGAAAGUUGAAGAGAAAGACGUGGCGAUAAUUUCUAUUCCACAUACUCCCACAAAUAUUCCAACGCCUGCUAGGCCUACUCCCUUGACAAUCAUGUUGCCUGGUCCUCUUCCUUACUCCAGCAAGAGUGUUGUGCCUUGGAAUUAUGGGUCAGAUGUUUAUUAUCAUGUUGUGCCUUGGAAUUAUGGGUUAGAUGUUUAUUAUCAUGUGCCUUCUGAAUACAAGCCAAGUGAAGAUGAAAGUUUGAAUGUUGACAAUUUUGUCGGUACAGGAAGAAUUACCAUAAGUGGUAGGAUAUAUUCUCCACAAAAUGCUCAAUAUAAUAUUGAUGCCUUGGAAAAAGCUAAGGGUAAACAAGUGGUGGGUAAUAAUUCAGAAUCAGUGUCAGCUAAUGCUCCAAAUGCAGUGCCUGGAACUUCUUCGUCUCAAGAAGUUGAAGAAUUAUUGAGGUUGAUCAGGAAGAGUGACUACAAAGUGAUAGAUCAUCUAAGCCAGACACCGUCUAAAAUUUCAAUCUUGUCCUUGUUGUUGUGUUCCGAAGCUCAUAGGAAUGUUCUGGGAAAAUUGUUAAGUUCCUCUUUUGUACCGCAAAACAUCACUGUCAACCAGUUAGAAUGGGUUGUGGCCAGUAUAUCAGCUGACAAUGGUUUGGGUUUUACAGAACUUGAUCUCCCUCUUAAGGGAUGUAAUCAUAAAAAUCUGUGCACAUCUCUAUGA